GCUCCUCGCCAUCCACGUGCAGCUAUCAGCCGACGCUGCUUCCCUCGAGCAGGCACUUACUGCAGAGGGGGCGGGCGACGCGAUGUUCGGCGAGCUCGGGGGCGCCACGAACGUGUCAGCCGCCACGGGAGUGCCCGUGGACGACGCGGGAGAGUCUCCAGAGGAGGAGGAG